CUAAGUUCUUUAAAGAUUUGACUUAAGUGAGAUUGAGUGACUUGAGUGACCGCCACUUACUCUAAAUGGUUACAAGUGGAUAAGAAGCCAGAUCAGGAGAUAAUCCACAGCUGCGGCAACAUCACUUAAAGUGCAUAGAGAUCAGGUUCGAACAUAGAUAGAUUUGAGAAGCAAAAUGUCACCAUUGCUAGAUUGCAAAGAUACUGAAUCAAUGAGGUUCUACAUACACCAAGGCAAAGCUAGACAGGUAAGCCGAAAUGAGUCUAAAGAAGAUGAUGGAUAUGAUUAUAGAACUUCUAGCAGUAGAUUUGACGAUCACAAGGAAGUUGCUCGAAAGAGAAGGUAGAAGAUCGUGUUGACAGAAACUUAAAAGGCAUUAGGAUAAGAAUCCCUUCAUUCCAAGGUAAAAAUGAUCCGGAAGUAUAUUUGGAAUAGGAAAAAAAAGGUAGAGCUGGUAUUUGAUUGCCAACACUACAUUGAGAAAAAGAAGGUAAAAGUUGCCACCUAGAAUUUAUAGACAUCCAUUGUUCAGUGGGACAACAUGGUGCUAAAUAGGGGAAGCAAUGGAGAAAGGCUAAUUGAUACUUGACAGAAGAUGAAUGCUAUCAUGCGGAAAAGGUUCGUGCCUUCUCAUUACUGUCACUACCAGGACUUGUUUCAACAGCUAAAAGGAUUAACACAAGGAUCCAAGAGUGUGGAGGAGUACUACAAGAAAUGGAGAUUGCUAUGAUUUGGGCCAGCCAACGUGGAGGAGGACCGAGAUGCGACUAUGGCUUGUUUUUGCAAGGAUUGAACCUCGAGAUUGCAAACAUAGUGGAGUUGCAACACUAUAUGGAGAUGGAGGAUAUAUUGCACGUGACCAUGCAGGAUGAGAGGCAGCUCAAAAGGAAGGGGCUAACUAGGGGUGAGAUGCAGCUUAAAGGGAAGGGGUCGACCAAGCACGGACAAAAUUCUGGUACACUCAAUUUGGAGAUCCAGCUGGAACAAGGGAAGUACUGAUUAAGGGGGAAGGACUAACGAUCUAAAGGCUAAGAAGUAAACUCCCUCCUCUGCAGACAAGGAAUCUGAAGGUUGCUUAUGGUGUUCUCUGAGAAACAAACAUGGAACAUGGAUUAGAGAAGAGAUUUCCAACAAAUCCUAAUGACUAUAAGUUGUAUGAAGAAGUAGGUGAAGGUGUCAGUGCUACAGUCUACAGAGCUCUCUGCAUUCCUCUUAAUCAGAUUGUUGGUAUUAAGGUUCUUGAUCUUGAGAAGUGUAAUAAUGACCUGGAUGGGAUAAGACGAGAAGUACAAACAAUGAGUUUGAUUGAUCAUCCUAACACACUACGUGCUUAUUGCUCUUUUACAGUAGGCCACAACCUUUGGGUUGUGAUGCCUUACAUGGCUGGGGGUUCUGCCCUUCACAUAAUGAAAUAUGCUUAUCCAGAAGGCUUUGAAGAGCCGGUUAUUGCAACUCUCUUGUAUGAAGUUCUUAAAGCUCUUGCAUAUCUCCAUGCUCAGGGACAUAUUCAUAGAGAUGUAAAGGCUGGGAAUAUCCUAAUUGAUGCUAAGGGAGCUGUUAAAUUAGCUGAUUUUGGAGUCUCAGCUUGUAUGUUCGAUACUGGAGAUAGACAACGAGCAAGAAAUACAUUUGUUGGUACCCCAUGCUGGAUGGCUCCGGAAGUAAUGCAACAGCUACAUGGAUAUGAUUUUAAAGCUGACAUUUGGUCAUUUGGUAUAACUGCAUUAGAACUUGCGCAUGGCCAUGCUCCAUUUUCAAAGUAUCCGCCUAUGAAGGUGUUGCUUAUGACCUUACAAAAUGCACCACCAGGUCUUGAUUAUGAAAGAGACAAGAGAUUCUCAAAGUCUUUUAAAGAGAUGCUGGCCACUUGCCUAGUAAAGGAUCCAAAGAGACGCCCAACUUCAGAAAAACUUUUGAAGCACCCUUUCUUCAAACAUGCUCGCACAAAUGAGUAUUCAAUACAAACUAUCCUUGAGGGCCUUCCUCCUCUUGGUGAACGUUUUAAGGCACUCAAGGGAAGAGAGGCAAAUAUUUUGUUGCAGCAAAAUGGUGAACAGCAAGAAUACAUGACAGGAAUAAGUGGCUGGAAUUUCAAUCUGGAGGACUUGAAAUCCCAAGCUGCUCUUAUAUGCUCCUUGGAUGAUGUUCAUUGCACUGAAAAUAUAGAUGUCAAGACUAACCUUAAGAAAGGUUAUGGCAAUAUUGGUUCUUCAAGGCAUGAUGAGAAAGAUAAUUUUGCCAACAAUGAAGCUUCUAGGGAGGAUCUUCUGCAAGAUAUCCAAGAUUUGGAGGGUCCACUUGCAUCUGCAUUUUCAAGCCGCCCUCUUGAGGCACUCAAAGCUUGUUUUGAUGUUUCUGAGGACGUGAGCGCUACAACUUCUACUCAGGUGAUCCAGUCACAAUUAGACACUGUUACUUCACGACUUCAAGCAUCAGAAAUGAAGAACUAUAAAUUUGAUAUGGAUAAUGGGGCAGAUGUGGUAAACCCUUCUGUAUCUUUGAACACGGAUAGCCAUGUAUGCCAAAAAUUCUCAGUUGAUUCUCUUCUUCUUGAGCGCAUUCUUUCUUCACAUAGGAAUGUUGACACAGACACAGAGAGAGACUGCAUAAAAUGGAGUUGUCAGCGUGAAAGAAGUCACAGUGGUUCCUUGUUCCAUCAAAUAAAAGAUUUGCCAAAUGUUACAUCUGUGGUACAUGAAGAGCCAUUAGAAGGAAAAGUUAUCCAGCGUAAAGGACGUUUCCAGAUAACAUUUCCGAAUUCUAGCCCAAAGGUAGCUUCUUCAGUGAACUUAUUAACAUCUGCUGUGAACGCUGCUGCACUCAUUCCAUCCUUGCAAUUUUUAUGGCAUCAAAAUGCCAUGCAAAAGGAACUUCUGAUUAAAUUGAUCAAGUGUUUGGAGCAAACAUCUAUCAUAUCUGGGGGUAACCAUACAGAAGUUUCUGAUUAUAACACUGGUGAUUCACAGUUGUCCCUGGCUUCAGCAAGUGAGAGGAUUUUGCAAGCUUACAUAACUACUCUGCAAAACAGUGUUUCAAGGUAUAGUGAAGAAGUGCAGGAGUUAAAACUGAAAAAUUUUCAUUUGAAACAACAGAUAAAUUCAUUGUCAAGUGCAAGGAAAGACGAAAAGAUUGUGAAGUAAUGAAGGGGACAAGAGUUCUUUUGUUCUAUUUUGUUAUUUUACUAUUGCAGAAGGGGUAGUUUCUCAUCGAAUGUGGGUGAUAUUUAUUGGGCGCCAACUGUUUCAUCAUUAUUUUCCUGUAAUUUCUUGUAAAUUAGUCGAUACACACGAUUCCCAAUUUCAUUCUCCUAAUUAGGCAUGCAUACCACAAUAGAGCAAACAAUGUUAAGUAUCCAUUGUCCUCAAUUUUAUGGUUUCUUCUAUGAUACGAGGGACUAAAUUGGCGGUUCAAUUGGUGUAGUAGAAAAGCAUUAAUGUUUGUAAACUUAUAAUUUGAUUUGACUCUUUAAUUUGGUAUUAGGGCUCUCUCCGACUUUUCCAACAAUCUUCUGGAAAA